UUUUUACAUGCGAUCUCUGAACAAACAUGUGGAGCAGCUAAGAAACUAGUUUUGGUGAAGCUGUGGUGCAUUUUAAAUCAUUUUAGGAGAGAAAUGAGAGGGGAAAGCCACUGAGCAGCGGUGGCCACCACGGUGAACAGCUGAGGUUUCGAGGCUCCACAAAGAAAAAGCAGAAACUAUUAGAGCUGUUCAUGACUUCAAUAUGUAGAGAAUAAAGUCCGCUAUCGGCUCCCUUCACUGUCAGCCCUCAGCACCUCUCCCACGGGGAGUUUUCACUGUUUUUUCGGUGAGGAGAAAACACAAGUGUCCCGGUGUUGAGACUGCACGGAGGAGCCGGGGCUGGGCUGAGUCUCCACGGUUCUCAUGGUGUGUUUAAGUACCGCCUCCUGCUCCGGGCUUUUCAACAGUCCGCUCAGUCAGUCUGAUCAUUCCUGCUUGAUUGAAAGCGAAGAGGAAAUAAUGGCAGAGGUAGCACCAGCUCCAGCCGCCGCCCCGGCAAAGGCCGCCAAGAAGAAGGUUUCCAAGCCCAAGAAGGUCGGCCCCAGCCUGAGUGAGCUCAUCGUCAAAGCCGUGGCCGCUUCCAAGGAGCGGAACGGCGUGUCAGCGGCCGCCCUCAAGAAGGCUCUGGCUGCCGGAGGCUACGAUGUGGAGAAGAACAAGGUCCGCGUCAAGACCGCCAUCAAGAACCUGGUGGCCAAGGAGACUCUGGUCCAGACCAAGGGAACCGGAGCGUCCGGCUCCUUCAAGAUGAACAAGAAGGUGGAGCCCAAGGCCAAGAAGCCCCUGGCCAAGAAACCCGCUCCUAAACCCAAGAAGACCGUCGCCAAGAAACCCGCAGCGGCCAAGAAGUCCAAGACCGCGCCAGCCAAGAAACCAGCAGCUAAAAAGUCUCCCAAGAAGCCCAAGAAACCUGUAGCCGCCAAGAAGGUCGCAAAAAGCCCCAAGAAGGCAGCCAAGAGCCCCAAGAAGGUGCUCAAGAAGGCCCCAGCACCCAAGAAAGCCCCCGCCAAGAAGGCCGCCAAGCCCAAAGUCAAGAAGGCAGCACCCAAGAAGAAGUGAGCUGUCC